AUGACCAAGCUCGGCCUCGAGGCCAAGGACCUGGAGCCGACCCGGACGAUCUUCCACGACAUCGUUCCCGGCCUCUCUUGCUCCUUGAUCGGCCAGAUCUGGCUCGACGUCCUGUUCGGUGACAGCAGCCACUUCCGACGCGAGCCGAUCUGGUUUGAGGUGGUGGACCUGUCUAGCGCGUACCACGCGCUGCUGUGCCGGCCCGUGCUCGCCAAGUUCAUGGCGGGCCUCAUCACCGGCACCGGCGACUACCGCAAGUCCCUGGACUGCGCCCAAGACGGUGCCAAGCUAGCCGAGUCGCUUGUCAUAGCCGAGGAGCGGCGUCAACUCGACCGGAUCGUCGCCCUGGCCUAG